AUGGCGGGCACUGCCACCACAUCCACAGCCACGGUUCUCGUCAUUCUUGUCAUCCUGUCAUGUGGCCUCCCCGCAGGCCAUGCUAACGCGGUCUUCAUCUCCCCCACAUGCAAGAAGACCAAGAACGCCGCAUUGUGUAAGCAAGUGCUACGACUCGACCAAGGUAGCGUCAAGGCCUCCACCGUGCACGACCUCGCCAGCAUCGCACUAGGGAUAGCCACCUCUUUCACUACCUUUCAGGCCAAUAACAUCAGAGUCGGGGCCAGAUUCAACCAGGGUACACCCGUGGGAGACGCGCUAUCCGGCUGCCUCCGGGCCUAUUCAGAUGCCGAAGAUGACCUCAGGUACAAAGCGAAACGAAGCUUCGAUCGUGGGGACUAUGCCGGCGCGUCAAAGAUCGUGAUGGGUGCUAAGGCCGCCGGUUAUGUGUGCGAUAACACGUUGAAGCGGAUCAAAAAGGAUUUCCAUGCCGAAGUAGAUCGCCAUAUGAAGGAGCGAUGUGGCGUCGCUGCUGAACUCAUCGGCCUCCUUAUCCAUAAGUGA